GCGAACUUAAAAGGGCAGAGUGGCCUUAUCCUUUUCCACUCCUGAGGCUGUAGCUAAUGUCAGUCUUUGAUUUUGAAAUAACGGCCUGACUUGUGCCGGAUGCAUGAUUCUUUUUGGUCUUGUUUUUAUUUUGUUUUAAAUCCGCUCUCUGACACAAGGAACAUGUACCGUGGCUGAUUUCAAAUAUUUGUUAUCUUUUGUAGCCUUCAACUUCAACCCCGUGCCAAUAGCUGCUGGACAUGGGGUGCCCGCAGCCCUGACUUGACGCCAGGUUGCCUUGUUGUUUGGGUAAUCUCAGGAUGGCAGAGGCUCACCAGGCUGUGGCCUUCCAGUUCACCGUCACCCCCGACGGCAUCGACCUCCGGCUGAGCCACGAGGCCCUGAAGCAGAUCUGCCUCUCGGGACUCCACUCCUGGAAGAAGAAGUUCAUCCGCUUCAAGAAUGGCGUCCUGACCGGCGUGUUCCCGGCCAGCCCCUCCAGCUGGCUCAUCGUGGUGGUCGGCGUGAUUUCGUCCACUUACACCAAGGUGGACCCCUCCUUGGGGCUGAUCACGAGGAUCAACCGGACCCUGGACACGGUCGCCACCGGCCGCUUGUCCUGCCAGGCCAAGAGCGUGGUGAGCAGCGUGCUGUUCGGCACCGGCCUGUGGGUGGCGCUCAUCGUCACCAUGCGCUACUCGCUCAAGGUGCUCCUCUCCUACCACGGCUGGAUGUUCUUGGAGCACGGCAAGAUGAGCCGCUCCACCAGGGUCUGGAUGGCCAUGGUCAAGGUGUUCUCGGGCCGGAAGCCCAUGCUGUACAGCUUCCAGACGUCCCUGCCCCGCCAGCCUGUGCCCGCCGUCAGCGACACGGUCAACAGGUACCUGGAGUCCGUGAAGCCGCUGAUGAAGGACGGGGAGUUCCAGCGGAUGACGGCGCUCGCCCAGGACUUCGCGGCCAACCUGGGCCCCAAACUGCAGUGGUACCUGAAGUUGAAAUCCUGGUGGGCCACCAAUUACGUGAGCGACUGGUGGGAGGAGUACAUCUACCUCCGGGGCCGAGGGCCGAUCAUGGUGAACAGCAACUACUAUGCCAUGGACCAGAUACUGGCCGAGUCCACGCACAUCCAGGCCGCCAAGGCCGGCAACGCCAUCCACGCCAUGCUGCUCUACCGACGCAAGCUGGACCGGGAGGAGAUCAAACCAAUUCGCGUGUUGGGGUCCACGGUCCCGCUCUGCUCCGCGCAGUGGGAGCGGCUGUUCAACACGUGCCGCAUCCCAGGGGAGGAGACGGACACCAUCCAGCACCUGAAGGACAGCAAGCACCUCGCCGUGUACCACCGGGGCCGCUACUUCCGGGUGCCCCUGUACCACAGCGGGCGGCUGCUGCGGCCCCGCGAGCUGGAGCAGCAGAUGCAGCGCAUCCUGGACGACCCCUCGGAGCCGCAGCCCGGGGAGGCCAGGCUGGCCGCCCUCACCGCCGGCGACAGGGUGCCGUGGGCCAAGUGUCGCCAGGCCUACUUCGGGCGGGGCAGAAACAAGCAGUCCCUGGACGCGGUGGAGAAGGCGGCCUUCUUCUUGACGCUGGACGAGACGGAGCAGGGGUACAGGAAGGAGGACCCCGUGGCGUCCCUGGACGGCUACGCCAAGUCGCUCCUGCACGGCCAGUGUUACGACAGGUGGUUCGACAAGUCCAUCACGCUCAUCGUCUUCAAAAACGGCAAGAUGGGCAUCAACGCCGAGCACUCGUGGGCGGACGCGCCCAUCGUGGCCCACAUGUGGGAGUUUGUCAUGGCCACCGACAGCUUUGCCCUAGGCUACGCGGAGGAUGGGCACUGCAGAGGAGAGACCAACGCCAGCCUCCCCCCGCCCACGCGGCUGCAGUGGGACAUCCCGGAGGAGUGCCAGGCGGUCAUCGAGACAUCCCUGAACAGCGCCAGCCUCCUGGCCGAUGACGUGGACCUCUACUCCUUCUCGUUCAGCACGUUUGGCAAAGGCCUGAUCAAGAAGUGCCGCACGAGCCCGGACGCGUUCAUCCAGAUGGCCCUGCAGCUGGCGCAAUACAAGGACAUGGGCAAGUUCUGCCUCACCUACGAGGCCUCCAUGACCCGGCUGUUCCGCGAGGGGAGGACGGAGACCGUGCGCUCCUGCACCUCCGAGUCCUGCAACUUCGUGCUGGCCAUGGUGGACCCCACGCAGACGGUGGAGCAGAGGCUCAAGCUGUUCAAGCUGGCGUCCGAGAAGCACCAGCAGCUGUACCGCCUGGCCAUGACGGGCGCGGGCAUCGACCGCCACCUCUUCUGCCUUUACGUCGUGUCCAAAUACCUGGCCGUGGAAUCCCCCUUCCUUAAGGAAGUGCUGUCCGAGCCUUGGAGGCUGUCCACCAGCCAGACGCCUCACCAGCAGGUGGAGCUGUUCGACCUGGAGAACAACCCGCACCACAUUUCCGGCGGCGGGGGCUUUGGGCCGGUGGCUGACGAUGGCUACGGCGUGUCCUACAUCCUCAUGGGCGAGAGCUACAUCCACUUCCACGUCUCCUCCAAGCUGUCGAGCCCCGAGACGGAUUCUCACCGCUUUGGGAAGCACCUGAGGGAAGCCAUGACGGACAUCCUCAGCUUGUUUACGCUCGCAUCUAAUUCCAAAAAGUAAUUCCAGCAGGCCACCGCGAGGGACAGUCCUGUGACCCACACCAAAUGAAGAGUAGGCAUGAAUCCCGAUCCUAGUUCAGGACCGGGGAAAAACCACAAAGCUCCAAAGUUUCCCUUCCCGAGAGCGCUGGCCGCCCUGGUCUCCCCGGACCGGCGGCCCCGCGACGCAGGCCCUCCUCGGCUUGGGAGCCCCGAAGCCAGCCUGGGCGGGGCGCCCCCUUGGCAGGGCUGCAGCCGCACACCGGGAGGGCAUGGACGAGCCGCUGGCCGUGUUCCCAGCGUCGCCCACGCGUGGCGCUCGCCCGCCCCGCCCCUCCCCGGGCUGGGGGCCACCUCCUCCCGUCCCGCUGGCCCGGCCGUGGUUGGAACAGGCGGUCCCCACGUCUGUCCUGUGGCUGACCCCGCACGUCUUCAGAACCCAGUGCCUUAAAGACGGAGGCCCUCGGGGGGCGGGAAGCCUCGCGCGGGGCUGUUGCGGGGGGGAGGGGGGGUGUC